AAAGUACACAAUGCCAGUCAACCGAUUCCUGAGUGUCAGAGUUUAAAAAACUGGUUCUGGAUAUAAAUAGCAGUAGCAGGUCCCUGGUCCUCGGUAACAAUUAAAGUGUUUUGUGGUCAUACUUCAGCAGUGGAUUUUUCACUCCAGGUAUUCUUUAAGCUUAUCAGACUAUGAAAUGUAUCAGCCUUUCAAAACUUACAGGAAAUAUUAGGAAAGAUAACUUUGACAUGUUACAUUUAUCUGCAUUAGGAGUAUUCACAUUGAUUUUAUAUUGAUUGUGGAUUUUCAUCCUCAGGCAAUGGAAACACAAUAUUUGUGUAACCAGCUAUUCUGAGACAGUAAAAGAAGAUACAAAUGGCCACGAUGAAGAAAAUGAAUCAUUGAUGAUUACUGGAGAAGUCUUAAUGUAGUACCAGCUAUUGAGUGCCCUCUGCAAUAUUAAUGAUUGUGCUUCAUUAACAGUAAAGGCUAGCAGUGAUGGGCACUGCUGUAGACAACCUGUGCAUAAUUCUCGAACAUGAUAUUGACGAACAAUAUCAGUACCAGCCCGGGGAAAUUGUAAGAGGUCGUGUGGAUGUGACCUUGACCCGACCCUUUACCAUCCGCACCAUAUCUAUUGGUGUGAAUGGACAGGGCGUCGUUGCCUGGGAGGAUCAUGAACUGGGAUCGUUUCAAGCGGAUGAGGAGUACAUCAAUGCCUCGAAUCAGAUCAACCACGGAACUAAUCACUAUGACAAAGGCUGCCACCAAUUUCCUUUUGAUUACCUACUGCCAAAUAAUUUACCUUCCUCAUUCAUAGGAAAAUAUGGAAGUGUGACUUAUGUUUUAAAAGCAGCUAUUCAUGGAGACAAACCCGGGGAAACUAGUAUAACUAGUGAACCCUUUUUAGUAUUAAGACAUUCCAUACUUCCUGAACAAAGCACUAAAUCUGUUGGGAUCUCCAAAGAAACAAGAUUAUGGUCAACAUGUGCAACUGGGAAACUUAAACUUAGUGUUGAGGUAAACAAGGCUGGUGUUUUUCCUGGGGAGGACAUGUUCAUUCGUGCAGAAAUUGCCAACAAAACUCCAAUGCGAGUGACAGCAGUGCAAGCCUCCUUAAUCAUGGACAGUGUAUAUCAUGCAAGACAACGGAAAAUUCAGUACCAUCAAAUUGUGAACAAACGCAGAGAUGAGUAUGAAUUGAUGAGUGGUGACGGGAGACGGUGGCAAAACGUUCGAUUAACUGUUCCGCCCUACAUUCCCGAAUCCACAUUAGAACACUGUGACAUUAUUGAGAUUUCAUACAAAUUUCAAUUUCGUGUGGAAUUAUCUGGUGGGAAAGAGGUGAAAGUGGAAUUACCGAUUCGGAUCGGGACUCAUCACAUGGGUCUGGAGAUUCCUGAAAAUGCCAAAGUAGAUAGUGGUAGAUACAACAAUGAAUGGAGCACUCGGCAUUUCCCUGGGGCUGACAAAGAAAUGGGGAACGGUUUUGAAAGGGAGACAGCCGCCUGGGAAGGAGGGGUCCCAGAACUCCGCCCUGUUGAUUCUACCAUGAUAAAUCCACUGUUCCAAAAGCAAGUACCAGGUCACUUUGAACGACCCAAAAAAAUUUCUGAGGAGGACAUGCCAGAGAUAAUCGAGAAUACAAAACUUUGAACAUGAAAUAUAUGCUCUGCAUCAUAAUGUUUUAUCUUGUCAGAUAUUUCUUUGUUAUUUUGUUUGCAAUGGAACAGUUUUUAUAGAAACUAUGUAAAAUAUUUUCAAAAUCUUAGCUUUGGUAAACUUUUAAAACUUAAAUCUACAUACUAUGUAUUCAUAAACCAUUUUAAUCAGGUUGCUUCAAUUAUGAGUAAAAUGAAAUGCAAAUUAAAUGUUAAUUCUUAGCUCUUUCAUAUUCACCCCUGUAUAUACAAUAUGCUUUUAAGUAUUAAGUCUUUAUCUGCUUAAAAUUGAAAGCUUGUCUGAAUGUAAAAUAAAAGUGGAUUAUCUUUACCAAA